UUCUCUCUGGCUGGUUUCCAGGCCUAUGUGUCUACCUGGCCUGGACCUGGGCCCUGCUUUGAACAAAGAGCAGAUUUUGUGUGACCUUUGAUUUGCAUUUUCAUUUUAAAAAAUGUCACCUGGACACAUGUCUCACAGAGGAGCACAUGACGUGGCUUUAAGUACAGGUGUUUGUCUUCCUGGGCUGGGUCAGCGGGAAAACGAAACUCUUGAUCAUAGAAGGUUGGGCCUGAGGCAGCAGCACGCAGACACACCUGCACAGGAGGAUGGCUCUGUCACAGGCCAAACCAAAACCUGGAGACCUGAUUGAGAUUUUCCGCCCUGGCUACCAGCACUGGGCCCUCUACGUGGGGGACGGCUACGUGGUGCACCUGGCUCCUCCAAGUGAAAUCGCGGGAGCGGGGUCAGCCAGCCUCAUGUCCGCCCUGACCGACAAGGCCAUAGUGAAGAAGGAGCUGCUGUCCGUGGUGGCCGGGAAAGACAAGUACCGUGUCAAUAACAAGCAUGACCGGAAGUACUCCCCGCUGCCUCCCAGCAAAAUUGUGCGCUGCGCGGAGGAGAAGGUGGGGCAGGAGAUGCUCUACAAGCUGACCAGCGACAACUGUGAGCACUUUGUGAACGAGCUGCGCUACGGAGUCUCCCGCAGUGACCAGGUCACCGAAGCGGUCGUGGCAGGCGGCGUGGCUGUAGGCCUCCUUGGUGUGGGCCUGGCCAUCGCGGCCCUCAUCGGGUCCCUGCGGGGCAGACGAGAGCGGGAAGAGCAGUGAGGUCAAGGAAUCAUCCCAGCGGCAACCAGAAAGAGAGGAAGGGGCAGGGAAUAGAGAGAAAAAUCGAUGGGAGAGAGACAUCAGUGGCUGCCUCCUGCGCACUUUCUACUGGGGAUCAGCCUCCGGGAAUUGAACCAGACACACCGUGGUUCAUGGAACAACACUCAACCACUGAGCCACCUAGCCAGGCCAUUCAGGCUGCUUUUAAUGGAGCUACAAAAGCACAGGAAGAUUUAAUUGGGGAAAUACGGCUAGUGUGAAUGCUAUUAAAGACACAGUUGGGCUCUGUCA